AUUCCACCCUCUGCCGCACACUAUACACACCCACCGACGGCAUGUCCUCCUCCACAUCGCAUACCCGCACCAAGUUGGCAAACGACCAACUCACUAUCAUGUUCGAGCACUACACCGACCAGCCCGGCUAUCCCGACUCCGGCCCCGCCUCGGGUCGCUCCUCGCCUACAAAUUCUUCGCUGCCUUGCACUCCGGUAGACAACUUCCCGCACUCUCCACUGGACGCCGCCGUCGCCUCCGAGGAUAGCUGGAAUCUCAUUCCGUACGAUGUCCCGUGGGGUCCCGAAUACUACCACUACCGUGCCGGCACCCUUCCGGGUCCGGAGGGUGCGUGUAUCUUCCUGCGUUCACCGACGCCGCUGAAGAACCGGCGGACGCAAAAGGCGUGCAACAAAUGCCGUCAGCGCAAGGCCAAGUGCUCUGGCACUCGCCCCGCCUGCAUGCGUUGUCUCGCCCGCGGUUACAUCUGCGAAUACGUCGAAGAGGAGAAGGGUACGUUUACAUACAAUGCGAGUCGCGCACGCCGUCAGCGAGAGCACUCUGCGAGCUCUUCUGAGCCCACAGAAGCUACCGACUCGAUGUCCGACUGCGACACUUCCGAAUCCAUCCUGCCCAAGCAGGAGCCCGGCCUCUCGACGCCCGAACUCUCUUUCUCUGACACGCACUCGAGCUCGUUUGACUCCACAACUCCUUCCAUCCAUUUCCACUCCCACUACGACGACGCACAGUACCCGAUAAUGGUCGGUUACGAGUACGAGGGCACCGUCGAUGCUUUCGGAGAAUCGGCGGCGGUAGGCGACUACUACGAUCAGGCGUCGUACACCGUCACCCACGGCGCCCAAGCACAUCAACUCCAAAACGCGUCUCAGGUGUACCACGAGGCUACCGACCAUCAUUCCGCCGCUAGCUCUGUCCACGCGCCUCGCCCUGUACGUUGUACGUCAUCCCCGUCCUUCCUCAGCCCCGAGGAGCGCAUAGGCACCUUCGCGACGUCCUUCGACUCGCAAACACCGCAACACUGCGACGCCAUGCUGAUAAACCUGGCGACUGCAAGCGAGGUGGCGCCGCAGAUUAUGCUCCCUCAUGUACCGCCGAUGGCGCCCACACAGGCUUCGGAAUGCAACGCCGUCGAGUACGCGCAGCCUCAGGCUAUGUACUACUAUCCUCCGGCGGAACCCACAAUGCAGUUCCCUUACCUGCAAUACCAAUACACCGUGCCGACCUACACCCCCGGCUUCGGCGUGCAAGAAGCCAUCGCACCUGCGAUGCUCUACGCCAUGCCGAUGCCGAUGCUUCCUGUGGGGAUGAUGGCGUAAUCGUCUCGUCGUUCCCCUCAUUCACAAAUUUCCCCGUGUAUGAUCCCUCCACGUGGGUAUCCCGUUGCCAGGUGUCGCCGACAUCGGUCGUGUGGCUUGUGACCUCCUCAUCUCCUUCUACGCAUGUGAAACGGACUCUGCAUUGUUCAUACGUAUUCUACUGGUCGUUUUCACGGAUAUUAUUACAUUGCUUGUCUUCCUAUCCCCCGCCACUAUAUCCGGUCUGUAUCGCACCUCAUUGGCUCCUGUUGCACCGUCCUCGCUUUCAUCGUCCACUCAUCUCUAGAUAUCUAUCAGGCAUCACCAUGCAUCUCAUACUCUACCUCAAUAUACAUGUACUGCUUCCAUCGCCACCGUCCGUGUUCGUUAUCUGUACCUACAACGUUAAACCAUAAUGCCCCUGGCCUUGCAGUUGCUCCAACUUUGUCAUCUAAACCUUGAAGCUUCGCCACGAAUAGGCUCCCACGUCGAUCCUCCCGGCUGACUCUGUCUAUGGAGUAUGCACGUCAUCUCCUAACUUUAGACACUGCAUGCAGUCUGGCAGCGCGCGAGCCAUCUGCGUACGAAUUGCAAACAUGGACUCUUCCCGCGCUGCGCUCAGCAUUGGGGAAGGAAGUUUC